UUUGUUUAAAAAAACUGCGAGGAUAUGGCAAAAUCGUUGGUAUAUUUGAGGCGACAUAAACUAAAACUAUUGAUGUUAUUGCUAUUAUGCUCGAUUGUUUGCCAUCUUCUAAUUUUGGGAUUCAGCAGUGCCAACAACUCAAAUUCUGUGCUUUUACAAACGUUCAGUCUCACCAGACUGGACAAACGCAAUGGAACUUCAGAUAGUGUGGCUUCUGAUUAUGUGAAUGAUCUUCGCAGUAGUGUGGCUUCUGAUUAUGUGAAUGGUCUUCGUAGUUGGGUGGCUUCUUUAAAUGCCUUGUUAUACACUGGAGAAUGGCAAAAUUCAUUUUCUUUCAUCUACUCGAACGGUGGAUCAAGCCCACCAGGCGUGACGGAUGAAAAUAAUCGCUACGUGAUGGUUCUACCUUUUUCAAAAACAGAGGAGAAGGCUUUUAACGAUUUGGCCGAAGACGAUAAACUCUAUGAAAUCUGGAGAUCAUUGUGGAGGGCCCAUUUCAAACAGAGUCACACAAAAUACAAAGAAACUGGACUGUUCAGCACGGAUCAUUGUGAGGGAAGUGGUCAUGUUCCCUUCAUGCCAUCGGAAACAGGAAAAGCUGUAAGCAAAUGGAAAACUUUUCCCAAGGAUACAACUGAUCAUCUCUUUAGUGUGAGAGGCCGUGAAAACAAAUUAGUUUCAGUGCCUUUUCUUAACAUGUGGAAGUAUUUUUCAAGUGCUGAGCUUACCUCCCGUCUUCAGUUUUUGGAAACUGUAACUCACACACAAAACAUGGCUAUGGGAACUGCAUACGCUUGCCUUCAUAUAAAGAAUACAGGCCCGGUGCUAAAUACACGUCUCGAAAGUAAAACGUCAACAAAUGGAUACUCUCCAAACAAAUUUUCGUUUUCAGACUUCGCGAACGGCAUACUGAUUGUGUACCAAGUUUGUAAUAUUGCACAAGGUCCUUUCGUAAUGAGAGGUGACGUGUUUCAUCGCAUCGGAGGAUUGCAUAACGGAUUUGGUAGAAUGGCUUUGCUAGAAUUUUUUGUUCGAUCGAAAGGCGAGCUGAAGAUAGCAAAACUUUCAAAUUGCAGGUGGACACACGAGAUAGCGCGCGUGGAUCGUGGAACAUUAGAGGGUUCAAACGAUGUCACGGAGUACGCCGCUUUUGGAAAUAAAUUCAAUAUUCUUCGCAUCGUCACAAACAAUCGAAUUGAAUGGACAACGUGUGUGUCAAACUGGAAAUUAUGCCCGGAGAAACCCUAUGUAAAGCCAACAGAGCUGUCCAGCGUGGCAGCACCGAUUUGUUGCGGGAUCGUCUUAUUUCAAAUGCUGAAAGAUAUAACAUGGGCACUGACCCAACUUGGUGUAGAUUAUCGGGUUAUUUAUGGUACUCUGUUAGGUGCAGUUAGAAGUCAGACUGUUAUACCUUGGACGUGUGAUGUUGAUAUCGCGCUUACGAAGGCUGACUACGGUAAUUCUUCGACCUAUUCAUCUAUUGCAGAACUUUUAAGGACAAAGGGCAGCCAUUAUUAUUUAGGGAUAUCUUAUAUGGGUAUGCCAAGGGGCCAUAUGCUGAUGGCACCUUAUAUAGAGGUUGACACAACUCCCUUUUUCGAUGGCCCUGAUGAUUUAGAAGGUAAUAAUUUAUUAUUUAGCAGUGAUAUCGAGGAAGCCAUACAGGAUAUGCUGCCUGUCUCAUCAGGCUGGAGAGAACGUCGUUAUGUCGACUUUUAUAUUUCCCCUUCAGUUUGGUUGAACGGAUCUGCUCUUGCUGUGAUUAACAAUGAACAAUUUGUUACUCUGAAGGACAUAGACUAUGAGUUAACUAACUGGUAUGGCAAAGGUUAUCUUCAACCAGCUCAUAGAGGAGAAUGGUUUGGUUGCUUAGACUAAUAAAUUUGCUGACAGCAA